GAGCUUCUAGUUCCAAUUUGCAUCCACACUGCGCAGUUGCUCCACAUGCUCAAAGCGGUGAGCUACAUCAUUGAAUCACACCCAACAUUAUUUGCACCAGUUUGAGUCACUUGAGUCAAUUCUGGUGGCUCCUCCACAUAAAAUAUCGUACACUAAAGGGGUCCACAUUGCAUUUACGUGCAAACUUGCUCACUACACACUCCUAACUCAACCAUUAAAGACACCAAACCCAAUUUCACUCACUCACUCACUCACUCUACAUUCUCAUGAAACCCAAAAUGAAUCUCUUCCGGACUCUCUCCAAAGCCACCCUAUUCCCAUUCCUCUUGCUCACAAUCUUCACACUCCCACACCACAAGGCCAACGCUGCCACGUGUCAAGCCGACGAGGAAGCGGGCCUAUUGGGCUUCAAAUCCGGAAUCAAAUCCGACCCGUCCGGAAUGCUCAAGAAUUGGAUAGCGGGUACGGACUGUUGCAAAUGGAACGGAGUAGAAUGCCACUAUAACAGCACACGGGUCCAAAGACUAUCCCUAACGGGUCAACCCGACCAAGACCCGAAAUCCACAUUGUCGGGUACCAUCUCACCCACUCUCUCAAAACUCAAACUCCUCGACGGACUCUACCUCAUCGACCUCAAGGGCAUUUCAGGACCCUUUCCAUCUUUCGUUUUUCAGCUUCCUAAUAUCCAAUUCAUCUAUAUAGAAAACAACAACCUCUCGGGUCAAAUACCCCAAAACAUAGGAAGCCUGACCCGAUUAGAGGCUCUCAGUUUAGCCGGUAACCGCUUCACCGGAACCAUACCGAGUUCAGUAGCCAAGUUGACUCAACUCACUCAGCUUAAACUCGGUCACAACUUACUCACCGGAACCGUUCCCGAGGGUGUUGGGAAGCUCGUUAACCUAACCUAUUUGGGACUCGAAGGGAACAAACUCCAAGGUGCCAUACCCGAUUUUUUCUCGUCCUAUACCAAUCUUCGGAUUCUGAAUUUAACACAGAACCGAUUUUCCGGAAAUGUUCCGAACUCGAUUUCUACCCUGGCCCCCAAAUUGGCUUACUUGGAAUUAGGGCACAAUUCGCUUUCCGGGAAAAUUCCUAAUUUUCUGGGGAAAUUCAAGGCGCUGGACACGCUGGACCUUUCGUGGAACAAGUUUUCGGGAACUGUACCUGCGAGUUUCAAGAACUUGACGAAGAUAUUCAACCUGAACCUCUCGAACAACCUCUUGGUGGACCCGUUUCCCGAGAUGGAGGUGAAGGGAAUCGAAUCGUUGGACUUGUCGAACAACAGUUUCCACCUGGGGACGAUUCCGAAGUGGGUGGCUUCGUCGCCGAUAAUAUUCUCCCUGAAGCUUGCUAACUGCGGAAUAAAGAUGAAGAUGGAGGAUUUCAAGCCUUCGGAGACUUACUUCUACGAUUUUAUAGAUCUUUCGGGGAACGAGAUCUCGGGGAGUGCGAUUGGGUUGGUGAAUAGUACGGAGUAUUUGGUGGGGUUUUGGGGUGCGGGGAACAAGUUGAGGUUUGAUUUGGGAGGGUUGAGGUUUGGAGAGAGGUUUAAGUAUUUGGAUUUGUCGCGUAAUUCGGUGUUUGGGAAGGUUCCAAACAGCGUUGUGGGGCUUCAGGGGUUGAAUGUGAGUUAUAACCAUCUUUGUGGUGAGCUUCCGAAGACCAAGUUUCCGGCUAGUUCUUUUGUCGGAAAUGAUUGUCUCUGUGGUGCUCCUUUGCAGCCCUGCAAGAACGCUUAGUUAGUCAGUGAGAGAAGUGAGCAAUGUCGUCGUUGUUUGCGACCAGUAAUAAAUUUCGAGAAAUAAAUUGUCACUUUAAGGUAUUUUGUUUUA